CGGGUAGGGGAGCAGAAAGAGAAUAAAAUCAAUAUAUAUAUAUAAUAGUUUUUAACACUUAAAAUCUGUUAACUCGUACGAAGUGCAGGAGAGUGAAGGCGAACACAGAGGGGUAGAAGAUGCAGUGUGUGUGUGUGUGUCUCCUCUUGGCUUUGGUCUCACUUUCGUCGUCGUCUUCAGGCCUGGUCCCGGGGGUCAGGCUGUCGGAUGUUGUGUGGGGUUUCAGCGAGCUGCUGGCGGACGAGAUCCUCCGAUCCUCCUCGUUCUUCCAGGAGCUCCGGUCCGGGAAUCUGACGCAGCGCUGCUACGACAACUUCCAGCAGCAGGAGGCGCUCUACCUGACCAGAGUCAGCAGCACACUGGAGGCUCUGAUCAGUCGUUCACAGGAAGCAGUUGAACCCAGAUCUUUGCUGCAGGAAACACUCAAACACUACAGCAGCAGAAACCAGAGCCUCCCUGAGUCUCCCUCCCCUCAGUGGCUCCUCCUCUCCCUGCAGUCUCUCCACUCCCUGGUCCUGGAGGAGCCGAUAUACUGGUUGCUGGCUCUGUCGUCUCGGCCCCGCCUCAGGGUGUUCAUGGCCGGGGAGCUGCAGGGGGCCCGGGUUAAAGACAACCGCCUCCUGCAGCAGUGGAGGGAGGACACUAAGGAGGAGGUCACCUGGAUACUGAGGGUCAGGAAGCUGAUGGAGGAGCAGCAGGAUCACAUGGACGCGUUUAAAGCCAUCAACAUCUUCAGAGAGCAGAUGAUGAACCAGAAGAGCUUCUACAAGGCUCUAUCCUGUGAUGAAGAGAAGAAACGAUGAAAUAAAGUCACCAAAACAUUCAAUAUGUUUUUUAUUUACAUAGUUUUUAGUUGUAUUUCUAACAUCAAACGCAGUUUUUGAUAUUGUAUACAUACAUCAUGAUGUCAUAAAUAUAUAUUUCUUUUUACA